CUAGUAUUUUCGUCUCUUUAAAUACACCCACCUUAUCUACUCUAUUUUGGUGUACUAGCUCAUCUUACAAUCUUUUCUAGCAAAAUAACAAACUAGACGUAAGAAAUGGCUUCUUCAAGUAGUUCAACUUCCAGUUUGAUUAGGAUAGUCUGUUUAUCCUUUCUAGUGCUCUUCAUAGGCAGUUCCUCCGCUCAGCUCUCUCCCAAUUUCUAUUCUAAGUCAUGUCCUAAGCUCUUUGGGACCGUCCGUUCCGUUGUUAAAUCUGCCAUAUCUAAGGAACCUCGCAUGGGCGCCUCUCUUCUCCGACUUUUCUUCCAUGAUUGCUUUGUCAAUGGGUGUGAUGGCUCAAUUCUGUUGGAUGACACCUCGUCUUUCAAAGGGGAGAAAUCAGCAGCUCCAAAUUUGAACUCAGCAAGGGGAUUCAAUGUCAUUGAUGAAAUCAAGUCCAAAGUAGAGGAGGUCUGUCCCGGAGUUGUAUCUUGUGCUGAUAUCCUUGCCAUAACUUCCCGUGACUCUGUCGCUCUUCUUGGUGGUCCUAAUUGGAAUGUCAAGCUAGGGCGUCGCGAUUCCAAGACAGCGAGUCAGACUGCUGCCAACAACGGAAUCCCAGCCCCGAGUUCUAGCCUUAGCAGUCUCAUCUCUCGGUUUCAGUCUAAUGGUUUAUCAGCCAAAGAUAUGGUUGCCUUAUCUGGAGCACACACAAUAGGACAGGCAAGGUGUACAACAUUCAGAACACACAUAUACAAUGAAACAAGCACAAUCGCUGCUUCUUUUGCAAGCACAAGGCAGCAGAACUGUCCUAGAACAAGUGGAAAGGGCGACAACAACCUCGCUCCCUUAGACUUUCAGAGUCCUACACAUUUCGACAACAAAUAUUACACAAACCUCGUUACCAAGAGGGGUUUGCUACAUUCAGACCAGCAGCUCUAUAGUGGUGGAUCAACUGAUUCCAUCGUUCGAUCAUUCAGUAACAGUCCUGGAUUCUUUAGGUCAGAUUUUGCCACUUCCAUGAUCAAGAUGGGUGAUAUUAGCCCUCUCACCGGCUCUCAAGGCGAAAUCAGGAAGAAUUGUAGGAAGGCCAAUUAAGUUGAUCAACCAAGAAGAAUGAUCAUGUAACACCAAAAAAAAAAAAAAAAAAGUUUGCAUAAUCAGCAAAAUUGAAUUUGUUUUUAGCUACGUACCAAUUUUUAAUUAUUUGUGUGGGUUGUGAAAUUUUUUUUGGUUGUACUACUGAGGGAAGCACAACAAAUUUUCUUCAAGUGUGACAUAAUAUUGUUUUCAAUUGUAGAAAUUUCUGGUCAAUAAAAAUGAAGCUUUCUUUUUUUU